AUAAAAAACAACAAAAACGUGGAUUACUUGCACUGCUCGCAUGUAGUUAAUGAAGUAAAUGACAAAUUUACAAAUAAUAUAAUUAACGGUUUAACGGUAAACUUACAGUUAAUUGUAAAAGCAGCAGCUGUUGAAUUUUCCUCUUCGCGACACUGAAAUAUUUAUUACACAACAAAUAAAUCAAAUAAAGACAUGUCGACAAUGUGAAACAUUUUAAAAUUGGCACCGUGCAGUCUAUAAAUAAUUUGUAAACAAAUCGCCAAAGAGGAAAGACGCCAAAGCACUUCAAUAGCGUGCCAGGCAUUGACACUGACCCAUUGCUGAUUACCAAUACUUUUCUGCCGUCGGCAGACGCCAAUAAAUCAGCGCAUCGCAUAGCAAGCAGAUUCACGUGCAACAGCUGCCGCAGUAACAAUGGCGAAUCGACAAAUGGCACAACCGCCAGAGAAUCAUUUACGUCUCUCUUGGCACGAUACCCAGAUGAUAGCCACACUGAGUCCCCAGACCGUUAUGGACUACUUUUGCCGCAAAAGCAAUCCGUUCUAUGACCACAUGUGCAACAACGAGACCAUCCGCAUGCAACGUCUGGGAGUUGAGCAUUUGCACAACAUGUUGGGAUUGGAGUACAUCUUACUGCACGUCGCCGAACCGAUUCUCUAUGUGAUACGCAAGCAGCAUCGCCACAAUCCAGCAGAGGCAACCCCAAUUGCCGAUUACUACAUCAUUGGAGGCACCAUAUACAAAGCACCCGAUCUGGCGAAUGUGAUAAACGCACGCGUCCUCAACACCGUUGUUAAUUUGCAGUCUGCAUUCGAGGAAGCCAGCAGCUAUGCGCGCUAUCAUCCCAACAAAGGAUACACUUGGGAUUUUUCAUCCAACAAAAUUUUGUCAGACAAGUCCAAGGCGGACAAGAAGGAUUCGAGUGCCACCAAGGAUGACAGCAGUGGCACGCUGUUUCAGAAGCAACGCGUAGACAUGUUACUUGCGGAGCUGUUGCGUAAAUUUCCACCGCCAAUACCGCCAAUGCUACAGAAUUUGCAGCCGGCUGGACAGCUGCCAAAUGCAGCGGGUGCGGAUGGAGGCACUGCGACCAAUUCAACCGAGAAUCAUGCAAAUGGACCAUUGGAUAUCGCUACAGAAAGCAUAGAUAUGAAACCGCCGCCAGAAAAGAAAUCCAAAUGAAAAACUACAUUGCAGUUAAAUCGUAUAUUUGAUAUAAACUGUAUAUAAGUAUUAAAGUAAACACAACUUAA